CAGCUGUGUGCGCGUGCGUGUGCUUGUGAACGUGUAUGUGUGUGUGUGUGUUUAUGUCUAAGCUAGUAAAGUGUUGUGUUUAUGAAUCCGUGCAGGGACUGAAACAGGGUCGAUCCAUAAUGAUCUGAUAGAAGAAAAGUUAGGUGCUGGGAUGGCGGUGUGCGCUCUUACUGUGCUAGACGGGCUCGGGGAGGAGGCCACGGCAUUGGGCGGCGUGGUCGUCCUGUUCCUGGCACUGGUGCUCGCCUGGCUGUCUACCCACGUGGCCGACCGUGGAGAUCACAUUCUGGGAACCAUUCUCACUGUGGGCGCCCACGCGUCCCUCAUCGGUUUGGGGGGUCAUGACAGCUACGCAGGCUCGCCUCCCAGCUCGGAGCCUGGCGAGCAGCCAGAUGAGGAGCCCGUAGAGGAGGAGAAACAGGAAGAGGAUGGAGAAGAUGUGCCGGGAGAGGAGCUGCUGGAUAUUCAGGGUGGAAGGAAGAAAGUGAGUCGUGUACAUGGAGAUGAAAAGGAUGAGGGGAAAGAGGAAGUGAUGGAAGAGGAAGAAGAGGAUGAGGCCACCAGGAUCACAGUGAGACUGAAGUUCCUGAACGACACAGAGGAGCUUGCUGUGCUAAGACCUCAGGACACAGUAGGACUGCUUAAGAGUAAAUACUUCUCUGGCCGUGAACAUCAGAUCAAGCUCAUCUACCAGGGCCAGCUCUUGCAGGACCCCCAGCGGUCUCUCCUGUCUCUCAACAUCACCCACAACAGCGUGCUCCACUGUCAUAUCUCCCAGGCACUGCGUGAGGCCAGAGCAGAGGACAACCCCAGAGCUGGGGCGAGCUCCAUGCUCAGCGGGGGGCUGCGCUCGGCUGGUCUGGCUCUCAGCACUGGAAGCCUGGUGGUCCCAGUGUUCGUGGUGCUCCUUGCCGUAGUCUGGUACUUCCGAAUCAACUACCGUCAGCUUUUCACUGCACCAGCCACCAUCUCCCUGGUUGGGGUCACCGUCUUCUUCAGUUUCCUCAUCUUUGGCAUGCACAGUCGAUGAAAAGACAAAUGGACAGAUGAAAAGAAGCAUCCCACAUAGAGGAAUAGUGCCAAUAUUAGGGAAGAAGUGUGUAGAAGAAAAAAGAAACUAUAGAAAACAAUAGCAGCUCAGUGACAGCAGAGAAUGUUCUCAGGGAGCCCUUGUGGCUUCUGGUGCCAUUUAGAAAAUGACUGAAGCUGUGUGUGUAUGUGGUGAAAUUGUGCACUAGUUCUUUUAGUUUAAUUGCUGAGCGUGCACAAUGUAACUUUGCUGUAUAAUUUAGCUUCUUUAAAAAAUUGCUGAUAUAAUUAUUCAAUCUCAGCCUGAAGUGUAUCUUCUCUGUGUGAAGAGAAAUCAAGAUUUCAUGUCUCACCGCUCUUCUCAUUUGAGGCUCAUGGUGUUGCUUGUUUUACCGGUAAUAACACUAUCUUCUAUAGUAGCGAAAUCUCAUACGUGCCGAUCAUAAUGCACAAAUAAUAAUGAACAGCUGUGGUAUACUUGUGUUAGCAGAUUUUAUGAAACAAUUUCCUUUUGUUUUUGAAUGUUCGUUUGUCAGUUACACUGUAUUUAUCUCAAGCUUGUGUUUUUGACAUGACAAGUCUGGCUCAGCAUGUCAGCUGCUAUUUCUGCACUUGUUACAGCUCAUAGUCAUUAUUAUCAUAUAGGACAUAAUUUUAUACUGUAUGAUGAAGAUUCUACAUGCCACACACUCCGACAGUGGAGUCUUGUGGUUCAGUUAACAGUUUGACAUCUUGUAUAUAAACAAUGUAUUUACUGCAGAUAAAACCAAAAAGGUGAUGGGGUAACCUUGCAAACACUGUUGGACAGUUUGAUGGUUACCUUAUGGGUCACAAAUUUGCUUUGUCAUAAAUAUUGUCAAAAGUAUCUGCUUAUUUUGUUUUAGGGAAAACUUGGCUACCUGUUCUCGCAGUCUGUAUUGCAAAUAACAAGUAUCUUUUAAAACAGCUUUGUUUUUGCUGAUGCAAUAAUUCAGAAUAAAAUAGUUAAUGA